GAGUUGGCGCCAUGUUGAUGUCCUGGUAGGCGGCGAGCAAGUCUUCCAUUUCCGCGGGAAAAACGGCAUAGAGAAUGGCGUCGUGGGAAGGAGGAGGGAGUAGUGAGGCACGUGCAGGAGAGAGCAGCGUGGUGGUGGAGCCCCAGUUGCUGGUAUGGAGCAAGAUGGACGCCCUGGCCGGCCGUAUUACUAAGAUGCAGCGAGCUAUCGCCGAGGAGAAGCAGUGCUGUUCCUGUCUAGAGGAACUCCUGAGUCAGGAAGUCAAGAAUGAAACUGAGCUAGAGGAUGAGGUCCGGCGCCUGCAGGGCAGCAUACAGGCGUUGUCAGAGAAGGGACCUCAGCACGCCGUCACAGAGAACACCCUCCAGUCGAGCUUAGAAUUGGUGAGGGAACAAAUUGGUGACGAAGAACAGGAGAAUUUAGACUUGGAAGAUGAGCUGCAGGCGCUCAGCACGAGGCUCAAGGAUGUUCACCAGACCCACCUGGCCCAGCUGGACGAUAUCAAGGAUCGAUAUGGCGAUCGUCUGGUGGAGGGCGGAGACCUGGAGGGUGAGGACGAGCUCAGUAGUCUCCACCAUCAGAAGACAAGUCUCACCGCUCAGAUAACAGCUCUCAAGACGGCUCAACGCACUCAGGCGCUUGAAGAAUGGAAAGCCUUCAAGGAGGUGGUAGUGAAGAUGGCUGAGGUGCAGAUAGAUCUUCGUUCACAACAAGGCAGUAUUGAGCUCCUUAACACGUCCCUCCAAAAACUGAAGGAGGAUGUAAGGAUACGCGAAGAAGCUUCAGCUGGGGACACCACUGAGCAAGAGCGGGCCGGCAGCUCUCGGGGUCACCAGGAGCAACUGGUGGACAAGGAGAGUGUGGAUAGUCAUCUGGACCUUCAACACAACUUCACAGAGGUUAGAAGAGAAAUUUAUAGUCAAGAGAUGCGUCAGUUUUGUGCGAUGUUUCCGUCAGAGGGACAGAGGCAGGAUACACAACGGUACCACGCUCCUGUCACAACAGAGGGACAGAGGCAGGAUACACAACGGUACCACGCUCCUGUCACAACAGAGGGACAGAGGCAGGAUACACAACGGUACCACGCUCCUGUCUCAACAGAGGGACAGAGGCAGGAUACACAGCGGUACCACGCUCCUGUCUCAACAGAGGGACAGAGACAGGAUACACAACGGUACCACGCUCCUGUCUCAACAGAGGGACAGAGGCAGGAUACACAACGGUACCACGCUCCUGUCUCAACAGAGGGACAGAGACAGGACACGCAACGGUACCAUGCUCCUGUCUCAACAGAGGGACAGAGACAGGACACGCAACGGUACCACGCUCCUGUCUCAACAGAGGGACAGAGACAGGACACGCAACGGUACCAUGCUCCUGUCUCAACAGAGGGACAGAGACAGGACACGCAACGGUACCACGCUCCUGUCUCAACAGAGGGACAGAGACAGGACACGCAACGGUACCAUGCUCCUGUCUCAACAGAGGGACAGAGACAGGACACGCAACGGUACCACGCUCCUGUCUCAACAGAGGGACAGAGACAGGACACGCAACGGUACCACGCUCCUGUCUCAACAGAGGGACAGAGACAGGACACGCAACGGUACCACGCUCCUGUCUCAACAGAGGGACAGAGACAGGAUACGCAACGGUACGACGCUUCCGUCAGAACAGAGGGACAGAGGCAAGAUACAGGACAGCGUUUACAAGCGUGCCAGCAGGGACAGAGGAAAGAUACACCACGAACUAAGACCGUGUUUAGCAGUAAACUAUCCCUCAUCAAACUUCAGGUUCCAAAAUAUGAAGAGAGGAAGAGACGGUACAGGACUUCAGGAGAGAUGGAACAUACGGAUGGUAGGGGAAUACAGUUGACUGCUACCGUGCCUGUAACUGGUGAAGGUUCAGACACUGAAGUAAAGCGACCCACCAGUCUACCAGUUUCUCUCCCCAGUUACACUGUUCCUUCCAGUGUCUCUUUUUCCAGUUACACUGCUCCUUCCAGUGUCUCUCUCCCCAGCUACACUGUUCCUUCCAGUGUCUCUAUUUCCAGCUACACUGUUCCUUCCAGUGUCUCUAUUUCCAGCUACACUGUUCCUUCUAGUGUCUCUCUCCCCAGCUACACUGCUCCUUCUAGUGUCUCUCUCCCCAGCUACACUGCUCCUUCUAGUGUCUCUCUCCCCAGCUACACUGCUCCUUCUAGUGUCUCUCUCCCCAGCUACACUGUUCCUUCUAGUGUCUCUCUCCCCAGCUACACUGUUCCUUCUAGUGUCUCUCUCCCCAGCUACACUGUUCCUUCCAGUGUCUCUAUUUCCAGCUACACUGUUCCUUCUAGUGUCUCUCUCCCCAGCUACACUGUUCCUUCCAGUGUCUCUAUUUCCAGCUACACUGUUCCUUCUAGUGUCUCUCUCCCCAGCUACACUGUUCCUUCCAGUGUCUCUAUUUCCAGCUACACUGUUCCUUCUAGUGUCUCUCUCCCCAGCUACACUGUUCCUUCUAGUGUCUCUCUCCCCAGCAACACCGCUCCUUCCAGUGCCUCUCCGUGCUCCCUAAAAAGUAACAGUAAUCAUAGCCUGAGUGCCACUCAGGCGCUUCGUGGUGAACCCGGUUCCACUUCGGAGACGAGACGGGAAGACAGGAGAACAGCGAGUACCACCAACCAGGAGCAGCGUACUGACACGGCUUGGACUGUUCAAAGUUAUGCAAGAGCUGGAGACUCCGGCAAUGUUGCAACUUCAGCAUUUGAGAAAGGUGAGGCGAGUACAGAGAAGGUUUCUACAGAGACCGUCACUCUACCUGACGAAGCAGCACGUCGAGCCUAUGUCGCCACCUUGGCGCCCAGUCCUGAAAUCCAGUACCACCGUCAGUCGCCUCGGACCAGUAUGACGUAUUCAAUCCCUGUGUUGGAAAGCCAGAAGACAUCAGAGCAGCGCGGGGGAGAUGCAGAGGCUGCUUGUCAGGACCAAACCCCAGGUAGUGCAAGAAGUGGCGCAGCUGCCAGUGUGGGCGGUGGAGCAGCAGCAGCAACAGCAGUAGUCAGUGGUGAGAGUGAAGCACCAGCUGGACCAGGACGAACAGCAGCUGCAGCAGCACUGAGUGGUAGCAGCAGCAGUAGUGGUAGUGGUGGGUGUGUGGCAGCAGCUGGACCAGGACGAACAGCAGCUGCAGCAGCACUGACAGCUGGACCAGGACGAACAGCAGCUGCAGCAGCACUGAGUGGUAGCAGCAGCAGUAGUGGUAGUGGUGGGUGUGUGGCAGAAACCUCCAGUACCGUCACCUCUGUAUCUUACCACAACAACACUGCUCUAUACCCCGAUGACACGAUGGAAGACCAUUUAAGUUCCUCCCAGGGAUUCAACCUCACAGAAGACUCGGACAUGGACACCCACAUCCCAUCCUCCUCCAAAAUGGAUACUUCCCCAUAUCAUCUGUCAUCGUCAGGACUGCAAACCUCUUCACUGGUUGUUGAGCCGCCGGCUAGCAGGAAUGUGUCGGCUGGAUCUUCUCCCCAGUCGCGUAGCUUUCCUGCAGGGGGAUCACUCUAUCUAUCCGUGACCUCCUCACACACACUGCCAGCGUCUGCGGCCGAGAAGUCAUUAAGUAAUGUCGUAUCAUCACCCCAGAGCAGUCUUCUGCCCGGGAAGCCUUUGCUCUUCAGCUCCCCCCAUGGUUCAAGUGAUGGCACGCAGCGAGGCACCAACUCCCCGGCUACCAACCUCCACACAUCCCCGGCGUCUGACUCUUUGUAUACAAUGAGCCCAAUACUGAGGCCAGGCGCUUCGGGUGGUCACACGCAAGACUCCUCACCCAGUAGCUGCUUGUCUACAGCUUCCAGUUAUGCUCUCAUGUUUGGCAAGGACCUGGAGCAUGAGGGCAGGACUCCCGGAGCAUUUAGUCUCUUUGGCUCACCUGCGACACAGACUUCUGCAGAAGUUCCCCAACAGGAAGAAUCGAAUGUGAAUUUCUCUCUCUUCGGAGACCCGUCGUCGCCGAAGAGAAAUGAAGGGUUCUUUAAUUUCAACUUCGGAAGUGAUGGUGAAAGUGCUCAAGAGUCGAGUAGUUCGGGCUUUUUCUCUUCACUCUUUGGCAGUCCCACAGCGGGUACAGACUCCCCACGUGGUGGAGCAGGCUUUAAACUCUUCUAAGAUAGUGACAAAUGUCUGCUUGAUAUCAAUGUAUUUCUCCAAAGUCGCAUUUAAGUCUCUCAAGGAUAAUAUAUAUAGUGCGGAGUAUUUAUGUUACAGAUUUACAGCACAUUACAUACAUAUUAUUUCGGGAGUUUUGAUGAUGUUCUGUAUGGUAAUAGGUGUUCAGAUGGCAUUACUGGUGGUAGGUUGACAGGUUUCGUGUUUACAUUGAUGCGAUUAUUGUUAAUACAAUACAAUACAAUUUUAUUUAGGUAAGGUACAUACAUACAAUAAAUAUUUACAAGGAUUGUUUGACUUAAGGCCAUUACCAGUAUUGUAGAAAUUGGAGGUGAUCUUAUAAUAUUAUCUGUGUCUUUUGAGUUUUACAUAUCUGUGUCAGUAAUCUGCCUAGGGCACUUUUAUUUCCAUUAUUGAGAAACUUUUCAUUAUGGCAAGCGAUUAUAUUUACUCAGUAAAUAGCAGGAUUCGUGACUUAAUUGGUUUAGUGUUAUAAAAUGCAGGAACAAAGUUGACCAGACCACACACUAG